UUCGAAUUCAUGCUACUAGUGAAUUGAAGCUCUUUGAUAUCGUACGCCGCCAACUGGAUGGGAUACGAGAGCAUGCUUUCGUUGUCGGCUUGGCUUUUGGGUAUAUAUACUUGAAUUGAAUGCACGACAUGGUUUGAGCACUGUGUUCGUGAUUCUCCGCGCUCAAUUGCGAUCAAUUGGACACCCCCGCCUACCUACGACCUGCGCGCAUCUUCAGACACCUUCGACAUAUCUACCACAAUGGACGUCCCGAUAGCAGCAAACGUCCUAGGAACACUGGGCGCCGUCUGCUGGUCCAUCCAAUUGAUACCCCAGAUCGUCGUCAACUGGCGCCGCCACCAUGCCAUCGGCCUGCAACCCACGAUGAUGAUGCUGUGGGCGUGGGCGGGCGUCCCGCUGGGCGUCUACAACAUCGUCGAGGAGUACAACAUCGCGCUGCGGAUCCAGCCCCAGCUCCUCACCUUCCUGAGCCUCGUCACUUGGAUACAGUGCUACUACUAUGAAAAGAACUGGACCCUCCCCCGCUCCCUCCUAACAGUAACCCCAAUCGCCCUCCUCAUGUCCGCCGUGCAAACCGCCCUCAUCCUCGCCCUCCGCAUCGCGAAACACGACCGCGGCCUCCAGUGGCCUCUCACGCUCAUGGCCGUCCUCUCGGCCACCCUCCUCGCAGCCGGCGUGGGGAGGCACUACUACGACAUCUACGUGCACCGCACGGUGCGCGGGAUAUCGUUCCUGUUCGUGGGCAUCGAUGCGCUGGGGGACGUGUUUAGUCUUGCUGCGGUGGUGUUUCAGCGGAGGCUGGAUGUGCUGGGGUUGGUGAUUUAUGGGACGGAGUUGGUGCUUUGGAUUGGGGUGUUUGCGUGUGGCGGGUAUUAUAAUUUUGUGCCGUGGGUUAGGGGGAGAUUGGGUGGGAAGAAGGUGAAGAGUGCUGGGGAAGGUGGAGGAGGUAGUAUUGGGUGUAGGCGCUCUGGGGAUGGAGAGGAUGUUGGUGGGAUGGGGAAUACGAUUGCAUUGCACGAUUUACCGUCGAGUACGUCGGUGUUUCGCACGCCGGCUGGGGAGGUGGAUGUCAUGAGGCAGAGGACGCGUGGGUCAGGACGAAGUCGGAGUCAGGACGGAAUGGCGAGCUCGGCUUAGUUGAUGUCACGUACUGCUAUGACAGCUCAUGCUGGAUUGGGGAGUUCCCUCUGUACCAUUGUUUGGUCCACCUGCGUGCUGAACAUAGCAUUCAUAAUUACCUACAAUGACGACCAUCCCUCCCUCGUCCUCCCCCUUCCUCACCUCACGACCUCAUGGCCUCACAACGCCCCCUUAGCCCCCCACCCCUGAAGCGCGCCCACAAUCGCUAGCAGCACGCCCGUAGGCUUGUCCCCCGUGCGGUAGUAGUUCGCGCCCGCGCCGAACAGCAGCGCGGUGAGCAGCGCCGCGAUAGCCUUGUCG